ACUAAUCAUAAUGUUAACUCUAGAUUAUAUGAUCCUUCCGUCAAUCCAAAUCCAGAAUAAAUGCUUCAAGAGUCUUAAUCCGUUAGCCUUUCUCAAAAAGAUCUUUUUCUUCCGAAUUGCUCUUUUCAAGUCAAUAAUCUAUCUAAAACAUUCCAUUCACAAUUGCUCUUUGAACCUCAACCCUUAUAGAUAACAUUUGAUAAUCUGCCUUAAUCAUAACCAUUAUCUUAACAAAUCAUUGAUAAAACACACAAAUUUUCUAAUCUUAAAUAGCAAACUCCUACUCAAGUUUUUCCUUUAAAAAAGUAUUGAUUAUCUAUUUCAUUCUAGAUCUACUCAAGAAUAAUUGCAAUCAACCGUGUCAAAUUAUCAAAUUUAAAAAGAACCUCACAAAUCUCAAAAAGGUAAUAGAAAAAUUUCUAUUCUUAUUGUAGGACUGAGAAAUUUAUCAAUCAAAGUUAAAUAGAUUGUUUUUGAAUCCUAACCCACUUCCUAUAAGGAUGUUGCAGAAAAUCUUGUUUAAGAAUUGACUCAAGAAGAAGGUAGAAUUUAACAUUGUGUAUUAUUAAAAAAUAUCACAGUAAAAAGAUGAAUAGAAUGUUAGACGAA